AUGUCUUCAUCGCAAGACUGCAGCGACCGCAACGGCGGGAGUUCAAAGCCGUUUGCUCUUUCCUCCAGCUCAAACGCACCUGCGACGAAGACUGCUUUCAAUCUCCAAUCUCGUGGCCGCCCCUCUGGUCCUCCCAGCAAAGGCCGCUCCCUGCCCCGCCGUCCGCAUCAGCUUGGCCAUGAAGAUGAUUCCUCUGACGAAGAAAAAGCUCCCGUACAUGAGAAAAUCGCGGGCUUCGAUACCAUUACCGGUGCCCAGAUCUCUGCUGACGGUCAAGCUGUUAGCGACGUGAAUCAACCGCUCGUGAUUCCAGUUACAAGCAAGAAUAAUUGGCGCGAUCGUGCGGGUACCAAUGCGAAAAAGGGCAGGAAAAACCUGCUGCCUCGAGAGGUGCAGGCCAUGCAAGAAGCGCAAAAGAAUGGACAGGCUCCCGCAGGAGGUGCGGUCGAGACUGAGGGCCCAAGCAUGGCUUAUGGUCUUAGUUUUGCCCAGAGAUAUCCAGAGCGGGGUGGAAAGGGUAUCAUUGCCGACGAGGACCAACCAAUGAUGGAUGUGCAGCCACCACGCAGUGAAGUUCAGAAACCUCUGACGGAAGACGAGAUCGCUAUGCAGGCUUUACUACGAGAGUCCGCGGGCGAAGUGGAGCGGCGGACGGACCUUGUGAUUGAAUCUUCCAAGCCCUACGAGGAGGAGGACGAACCAUUUGAGCGACAAGACGACACGAGUUCUUUCAGAACAGACGUGGCCUCCCGCCCUGAGCCUGCUACUCUAGAUCAAUACAAUGCCAUUCCUGUCGAAGAGUUUGGCGCCGCGCUUUUGAGAGGAAUGGGUUGGAAGGAUGGCCAGUCUAUUGGAAGGGGCAAUUACAGCUCCCCUGCCGCCGCGGAUAAAGCAGAUAAGGCUCGUGUACCGACGCGACGUCCGGGAUUCUUGGGCAUCGGCGCUAAGGAUUCCGGAAAGGGCGCUGAAGCGGAGCUUGGUGCGUGGGGAAAGUCGGCCAUGCGCAAGGCAUCAAGGAAACAAGGCGAGGAGAAUGCGAAUGGCAGCACCGAGGGCGUCUAUAUGCCCGUGAUGAUGCGGAACAAGAACACUGGCGAAUACAUCACCGAGGAGGAACUCGCAGACCUGAAGAAACGGUCUUCCAAGCCUCAAACUGAUAAGGACGACUGGCGUGAGAGACGGGAUCGCAAUUUAGAGAAGAGCGGACGUGACAGGGACCGAGAUCGAGAAUACCGCAAGCGUGACUACGACAAUGACCGAUCUGAUAAAAGGAAUGGUGCUUCGCGCCGUGACCGAAGUUCGUCUGCUGGCCGCUAUUCAUCCAGGCGUUCUAAAUACCACGAUGACGAUGAUCGCCGGAAAGAUGAUCGCUCUCAUCGUGAUCGAGAUCGCGAGCGGGAGCGCGACAGCGAUCGUCGUCGAGGCCGUGAUGAUGAUAAAGACUACCGCAAGGAUCAUGAACGAGACCGCAAGUACCGAGAUGAUCGACAUAGCAGCUCACGACACUCGUCCCAUUCAUCCCGACAGGAGCGGGACCGCGAUUCUCGCCGAGACCGGCGAGACGAUUAG